GCAACACGGAAACCGGCAUCACAGCGGAUGGUGGAAUCCUACAACCUUUAUUUCUCGAAUUAUUCCCUUAAAAUGACCUUCUAAGUGCAACUUUUAUCCAAAAUAUGUCGAAAACCUUGCUGAUAGAACGGGUAAAAAUGAAAACGGUUCAAAACGAAUGUAGGACGUCCUUCUUUAUACCGCGUGACUCACAGGCACAUGACUGACGGCUGUCACCUUGAGGGUCCCUUCCUACGUCACCGACCCUUACCGACCCUCAGUAUGACAUCACUGCGGAAACUUUAUAUAGAGCAGCCCGCCCUGGCUUCGUCAGUCAGCAGUCGGAGGCCGCUACAGGAAGCAGUCGGCAUAUUUUCAACCAGAGAGAAGUAUUUUCCACACUUACCAUGGCUGUGUCCCGCUCCAGGCGGUCUUACUUCAACAACAACAACAGAUUCAAACCUGAAGCCAAGAUGGGCGGUGGAGUACAGAUCAUCGGGGCGCUAGACUACGGCUCUUUCGCCGAGGGACAGGACGCGGGGACUGCGAUGGCACUGCUAUCGGACAUACGGCUCAUGACCUACGCGUCUAUUCUAGCCUGGUUCGCGCUAGGAGUCGGCAUGGCCAACGUGAACAAAUGGAUUCUCUCCCACCACAGUUUCCCCUACCCCUUAUUCCUCACGACUCUGCACAUGCUAGCCUCGUUCCUUGUGGACUACUUCGUCAUCAGAUUCACGGAUUUAGGAGCAGCCUACGGAGAUCCUGAGACGAGACUAAAGCUCCCCAAGCAGCUAGAAAAGAAGAUUUUGAUUCUGAGUGUGGUUUUUAGUACCAGCGUGGCGCUGGGUAAUGUUGGACUGAAUUACCUUUACGUGUCAUUUACGAAGAUGAUCGCGGCCACUGCACCUUUAUUCACCAUCAUCCUGGCAAGAGUACUCAUGGGUGUCAGAUUCCCUGUAAUUCGUGAUGUUGUGUGCAACAGGCCCAGCAAGUAUGUCUACUGCAGUAUGGUGCCAAUCUGCAUGGGGGCGCUGCUCAACACUGUGGGAGAGGUGAACUUCCACAUGCUGGGAUUCAUGGCAACCCUCCUGUCUACUAUUCUCAGGGCAGCAAAGAGUAUCCUACAAGGUGUUCUGUUGAAGGAUGAGCGUAUGGACUCCAUCCGUCUCCUGUACCACAUGUCCAUCCCCAGUUUCUUCCUCCUGCUGUUCCUGACGCUGGUGUUUGAGAGCUCUGCCGUGUACGACGAGGAUCUCCACACAAACCCCACCCUCUGGGUCCUCAUCCUGCUCAGCUGUGUCAGCGCCGUCGGAUACAACACCAUGACGUUUGUCGUGACGUACUACACCUCCGCUGUCACGCUACAGGUCUUGGGGAAUGUCAACAUGCUUGUGAACGUGGUGGUGUCGGUCCUGAUCUUCCAGAACACGGUGACGGGCACCAGCCUGGCAGGGAUACUGGUCACCCUGCUUGGAGUCCUGAUGUACCAGAGAGCCAACCAGAUCAGGAACUUCUUCCAGAUGGUCAACAGAUACACAGGUGGUCACGAGAAGGAAUGAGCUAUUCAGGUGCAGCAGCUGCAAGCUGCACCUGCAUGGUCAUACAUAGAGUCAUGUACGAGUACGUAGUACCUGUUUCCCAUAGUGCCCUCAGAUACUGUGCAUUAGAACUGUUGUUAACUGUAAGGUAACAACCUCUUUUAGGAUGUUAUUAUCCAUGAAAGAAAGCAUAACUUGCUCUGGACAUGGGAGCAUAGAAACUGUUGUUUCCAGUGCUAAAAGUUUGGUCUGCAGAUUAAAAUACAUGGUAAGAAGGCAUGAAGAACUGUAGAAGUACAGAAAUAAUGCAGGCACAUCACCCAAAUUGUAGCCACCAAUGGUGUGAGCUAUUCAGGCACUGCAAGCUACCAGUACAUGCACUAGUCUCCACCAGAGUCCUUUUGCAGUAUGCCUGUGUGGUCAUGGAUGCAUUACCACAGCUCCGCCAGGGGGCAUGAUAGAAACAUGUUAUGUGCUCUGAGUCUGAGCUCUUGUGGGGAGCUUUCAAAGUUACAAAUACAUGUAGCUGCUAGGACAAAGGGGAAAGUGAAGAGAAGCUGGUAAAAGUGAGCUGUUUUGAAGCUCUAGAAACUUGGAUGGAAUCUGACAAAUCAUCAAAGGUUAACAGAUAUGUAUGGUACUGUUGUGAAGGUUGAAGAAGGAUACUUUUAGUGUUGGACGCCAAUGUAGAGUUUUCAGUUCGGGAAAAAGAUUUCAUU